UACAAUAUUAAAUAAUUAAUUUACAAUGUCAUAGGAGUCAAAAUAUCAACAGUAUUAAUUGAACAUUAUUACAAUCGACAGCAAAUGUACCAUUAUUUGAAAACUGCCGCUACGUGACAUAGUGUUUUCGCCACCUAGCGUUGAAAUUAGGAAACAGAAAUGAACAAAGAGAGCUAGCUAGCCACCACUAGAAAUUAAGGUUGUGUGUUAUCUCUGUCAGUUGCGCAUGGAUCGACCGAGCGUGAAUGCGAUAGACUGUACUUUCGGCCAUCAUAACCAUCUUUCUUUCUUGUGCAACUGUUUCUCUUCGGCCGUGUUCUAGUGCAAACGCAGGAUGGACGCCAUUCGUGCGAGAUAAAAUUUUCUUCGCUCGGGAAGCGAUAGUUAAAUGUGUGUUCAGUGGCGGGCGUGAAGCUAUGCUAUAGUGUAUUUGGUGUUCCGUGCUUACGGUCUGGCCGUGUGGUGUCGACGUACGAGGAGCUCGGCUUCGGCGCGAGGCGAGAGGCGCGUGCAGGCAGAGUGCAGCGCGAGGCAUGGCGGGCGCGAGCUGAACGGACGGCCGCUACUUCCGAUAUCAGCCCGCUCGCGCUCCGCCGCCGGCCCAAUGAGCGGGGCAGGUUCUACGCGGCGGAGGUUAUUUUAUGGGUAUUUGCGUGAGCUGCCGGCGCCGCGAGCGGAAGGCACCCGAGAAACGGUCGGUGCCGAGCGCGGGCGGGCCCGCUAAGGGCACUGCGGCGGCUGAGUUGCUGCCGCGCCGCGUCGAUCACCUGCCAGCCAUGGCCAACUCCAUCUCCAAUAUCAAGAUGACGAACCCUAUCAAGGGAAUAGUCAGCAAGCGCCGGAUACGUUAUGUUAAAGACGGAUUCAACCUGGACUUAGCCUAUAUUACUGAUAGGCUCAUAGCGAUGGGCUUCCCUGCAGAGAAGUUGGAAGCCGUAUACAGAAACCACAUUGAUGAAGUGUACAGGUUCCUCGAACAGAUGCACAAGGACCAUUACAAGAUUUACAAUCUGUGCUCGGAGAGGUCAUACGACAAGAGCAAAUUUCACGAGAGGGUCGAGAAGUUUGCGUUUGAGGACCACACCCCACCGAAUAUAGAGCUAAUUCAGCCCUUCUGCGAGAGCGUCCACAAAUGGCUCAGCGCGGACCCUAAGAAUGUGGCCGCCGUGCACUGUAAAGCAGGGAAAGGGCGGACAGGUACAAUGGUGUGCUGUUACUUACUGUACAGCGGGCAGAAGGCGACAGCAGAUGAGGCACUGCAGUUUUAUGGAACUAAGAGGACACACGACGAGAAAGGUGUGACAAUCCCUUCACAACGACGAUACGUGGAGUACUACGCCGCCCUGCUGCGUCCCGGGCUCCAGUACACAGCCACCAAGAUGUACAUCCGGGAGCUAUCGAUGUCACCGCCGCCCAUGCUGAACGGCGGACAGUGUACCAUCGAGCUGACCGUCACACAGGCCAAGCCGCAGAUGAAGGCGCCACCGGGCUCGGCGGUGUGGAGCGGGGGUGGAGUGCGGGUGCGGCUGCCGCACUGCACGCCGCUGGUGGGCGACGUGCGCGUGGACGUGUACCACAAGCCCAAGAUGAUGAUGCGCAAGGAGCGCCUCUUCCACUUCUGGUUCAACACGUUCUUCGUGGCCGCGCAGGUCGGCGCGCACAGGGUCGACUCGCUGCCCGACAGUAAAAAUGAAGAGACCUUCAAAUUAACUUUAAAUAAAUGGCAGUUAGAUGACGCGCAUAAAGAUAAACAACACAAAAUAUAUGCGCCGGACUUCAAGGUGGAGGUGAUCGUGCAGAAGCAGCCCGAGUGUUCUACGUUCAAGGCGCACGCGCCGCGCCCGCCCUCGCCCGCGCCCGACGACGAGUCCUCGUCCUCGUCGUGCUCCGAGCCCGACGCGGAGCCCGACGCCACCUGGGACUCCGGGCCGGGAUGCGAACGUGUCGGCCGCUACCGCCAGCUGUCGCCCGACGCGCACACGUGAAUCCACAUACUUGUGAGGGUGACACGGGAUUGGUGACCACUACACACUUCUAUAAAUAAUCCUGCUUUCCCCUCAUAUAUGGCAAGGCUAGUACCUAACCUGGUGACUCUGAGACUUGUGUAGAAGCCUUAGUGAUUAUGCAAAACAGUGUUCUGUGUUGUGUAUUAAUAUUAACUUGGAGGGUAGUACCGCGGACGCGGCGUGAUAUGUGAUAUAACGAGUGCUGUACAGACUUUGGACGCGGUGGUAUCGAGUCGGUACUAAAUAUGGCUACCUCGGUGUAAAAACAUAAUCCUUCUCCUUCGGUACUUGAUACUUUGUAGAGUAUGGUCACAAGGUAAGAUUAUAAUGUUUGACUGAGUACAUUGGAUGUAGUACAUUGGAUAAGUGUUACCCGCUACUUUAUAAUUGUGUUGUAGCUCUACGGGCCGAUGUCCCCUUACUGUCAGGGACAUGUAACCUCAUACGUUGGCCAGGUAACAGCUUUGGUUACGUGGCGUUAAAUACAUAGACUAAGUAAUACACAGUGGCAGACAUUUUGAAUGUUCGAAAUUUGAAAACACGAAUUAUUGUUGCCACGUUGAAUGAAAUAGAGUUAAUAUAACCGGCCAGUGUUUGUCCUUCAUUUAACGACAUUUAUAACUUAAUUUUUUUAAUUGAAACUAUAUAAGUAUUAUGUUCAUAUUUAAAUAGUUUCGUGUUGUCUUCAGUUUAUAUACAUAUCUGUUUUGAAUUAAAUGUUAGCUACAUUUGUUUUUAUUCCAUGUACUCUCACAAUUAAAAAAAAUAAGGAUUCUUUUGUAUUGGGGAAUUAUGAACCGGCAGAUUCCAAUUUGCGGUGCUUUUGUUAUAAAUGAAUAUUUCAUUGACCAUGUAUGUAAUGUUUAUAUUUUUAACUUGCAAGACCUGUGUGAAUAUUGUAUCCUUUCAUUUUGGUAUUUGGCCAACAACAGUAAUCAAUACACAAUGUGAGACGAAACAUGAUUUUUAUUAAAAAGAAAAGAAUACAGUUGUUUACAAAAGUAUUCAGGAAAGGGUAUAAUGAACUUGUUUAUAAAAAAUAUUUAAUUUAAGAAUUUCUUGUCAAUAUAUUAGUUCGUGGUUACUGACCGCUCGUACAUCAUGACUUUACAGGAUCGCCAUAAACCUGGCCACAUUUUAAAAAGAAAUCUCGUUCUAAAUUUAAAUCAUUUGUUGUCUAUUACUUAUUUUUUCUUAUGAUCGUAAGAUACACCAUUGUUUAUUUAAUUGGGCGAUUUUAAAUACGUCUAAGGCGUUAUGUCCAAGCGGUCAUAUCCACCUAAUAUGUAUGAUCUUCUAAUUGUCAUACUGAUAAUUUCUAUUAGGUAAUUCUAUAUUAUUUCUUUUUUUAUAAUUGCUAAUUGUUAAAGAAUUAUUUGCCGUACGGCGAGGCAGUACUUCCCACCCUUAUUGACUAAGUCCUAAGACGGACAGUUUUAUUUUGUAUAGUUCAGAAAGAUCUCAGCGGCAGUCCUCAUAAUUAGUUUGUUUAUACUUUAUUUAAGCUGCGGUCAGUGGCCGCUAUGCAGUUUCCUAGUUGUGACAAUAUCUGUAAUUUAUAUUAUAAAUUUCUUUUUAAUAAUGAAUAAAAAAGUGUUAAUCUACGAUAUAUUUUGACAUUGAAAUAUAGUUCAGUUGUUUCAGUGUCCACACCCUUAUCCGUAUGUGCUAAAAGUUUAUCAUUUAUAGUAUAUUAAACUGUAUUACGCAUAGUC